AUGCUAAACACAUGUCACGUCACUAGGACAUGCGUCAAAACGAAACAAGUAGUUCAAUUUCUAUACUCUCAACUACAAGAAUUACUGGGAGAGUGCGGACUACAAGACACGGACACCUCUGGUACAGUGACUACCCCAGGAGGACAGGAGCUGACAGAGGGAGAUGUAGCGGUUGGAGGACUAGACGCCGACUUACACAAGAAAAAAGCUCACUACGCGACGGGGCUAUCUAAUGCCAGCUCGAGUCUUUCUUAA